AUGGCUGUCUCCACCCUCACCUGCCUGUUUGCUGCUUCCCUUUGCCUCCUUGGGGAGGAGGAGAAAGACGCCAAGGCCUGGGCAGCAGGUUUUUGGAGAUCCCUGAGCACCCAGAAGGGGCAGCAGCCUUGUGCCUGUGUGCCCAGGACAGGUGUAAAGGUCAGCCCAGCGGACCCAAGGCUUACAGGUCGCUGCCCUCCUCACUGCCCUGGGCCUGCUUCAGAGAGUAGAGCCGCCCGUCCUGUAUCUCCGGAGAGGGGCUCUGGCUGCGGGGAGGGGUGGACUCACCUUCUACGGAGGACCUCCCCCAACCGCCAAGCCCACCCACGCCAGGAAUCGGGAGCGCUGUUUCCUACCCGCGGGGUCGCGCAAGAAACGUCACAGAGGCGGCGACAUCACAGGCGCCGGCGCCCCCGGCAUCUCCACCGCCCCCCACGGACCCUCACCAAAGAGCGCACUGGAGGCGGAGGGGCAGCAGCCACCAGCCCGCUCCCCGCCUCCCCGACAGCCUCGGUCAGCAUGGGGGUGACAGGUGCCAAUGGAUUUCCCUGCUGUGGCAAGGAGUCGGUGGACAUUGUGGAUACACAGGGUAACAUAAACCAAUACCAGUUCCAGCCAACACAAGACGAAGAUGAAAUGGAGCUGGAGAAGGAAUUGCUAGAGCUGGAGCCUCCACACAGAGAGGUUGUGGACCUGGACUCAGAAUUGGAGCUGGAACAGAAGCCCAAGGCUUCCUCACUGCUGGAGCUGUGCCCCGCAGCCAAGCUCAAGUCCGAGGUCAAGCUGGACACGGAGCCCAAGUUGGAGGUGCCCGAUCUGGAAUUCUGCAGUGAAGACGCUGGGCCACAGGGGUACAGGAUACAGUCACUCCACCCCUACACUGAGGGGCUCACGCAGCAGGACGUUGGCCAAUGGCAUAUGAGGUCAAACUCCAGCUACUUGGGCUCCGCAGAAGAUGACCAGGUGUCCACCAACCAUCGCUCUAUCCGUGUGCAGACCUCAAAGCACCUCUUCUGGGCAGACAAGCUCAUCCAGGCCUCAGAACACAGCCUGCAGAAGGCGAUCAGCACGCAGCCACAGCCUGUCAAAAAGAGCACAGAUGAGACCACCAGCCAUCUAGACCAACAGUCGGUCCCCAAGGGCACCAUGUGCUCCAAGGAGCAGCUCCAGGACCCCAGUGCCCAGCCAGCUCUUCCAGCCACAGGCUCCCAGCCAUCCUCCUCCCCAGCAACCAUCGGCCUGGCAGACCUGAUCAACUUCGCAUCUUCCCUGGCCAUGGCCUCCUCCAGCAAGAUGGACUUACCCAAUUUGGAGCACAUGGUCAAAGCCCCACCCCAGAAGGCCACGGAGCCUCCUACAGAGCCCACCAUGGAUGAGCCAGAGCAGGAAAAGCUCACUAAUGAGUUGCUAGAGAAGCCACCAGAGAAACCACUAGAAGCCGGGGAGCUGCAGAAAGCUCUGAAGCAGAAAGACAAGAGUUUCCCCCACCCUUACCUUGACUUCAGCAAGCAGGGGUUCAAGAGUGCCAAUAUUGAAGGGGAAGUGAAGUUUCUCCAGCCCCCGAACAUGUCCCCUCAGCUGCAAGAAGCUGUGAAAGACUCGGUGCCGGGAACCAAGAAAGGGAAUCCAUUAUUGCUGAAAAUCCAUUUUAAGCUGUCGUCCCCUAAUUCCCCAGAGAAAUGACUAGACAAAACCAGUAAAGCCUCC